AUGACUUCUUCUUUAACUAAUAUUCCAAUUUGUUUAUUUUGUAAUUGUCCAUCAUCCUGUAGUCUUGGUCAAGGUGAUUUAAUUUUAAUUCGUUCUCCGUCGGAUCAAUCCCAAAUAAUAAUUAAUUCUACACCUCGAACUCUUGAAAAUAUUCCAAUUGAAAAAAGAAAUAAUUUUAUAUUAGAAACUGGAAAAAUUAUAGUUCCUGUUGAUUCAGAAUUAUUUAAUAUUGGUUUUCAAACAUCAUCCGAUGUUAUAUUAAAUGGAAAUAUUUGGGUACAUGAAAGAUGUGUCAAAUGGUCAUUAGGCAAUAUAGAAAAAAUAAAUGAUUAUGAUCUUAUUCGAACAGCCAUUAUUGAUGCAAUUAAACAGAAAUGUACAAUAUGUGAUCGUUAUGGAGCUUCACUUUCUUGUCGAAAUGAAUCAUGUUCAUUAAAAUUUCAUUUACCAUGUGCACAAUCAUCGGGUUGUUUUUUUUCACAUUCACAAUUGACAUUACUUUGUCCACAACAUUUAGAUAUAGUUGUAUCGAUUUUUGGUGUUGAAUCAUCAUCAUGUGAAGCAUGUUCAGAACCUGGUGAUGUUCGUGGACAAUUAUUUUGUACAAAUUGUGAUAAACAUUAUCAUGCUGAAUGUCUUAUGCUUGAAUCAAAUCGUGUUGUACGUACAGGUUGGCGUUGUCCUGAUUGUAAAAUUUGUCAAACAUGUCGACAAUCAGGUGAUGAUGCUGAAAUGAUUAUGUGUAAUGUAUGUGAUAAAGGUUAUCAUACAUUUUGUUUACGUAAUCAAUCAAUACCAAAAGAUGGUUGGAGUUGUUCAAGUUGUUUAUCAUUAACAAAUAAAAAUUCAUCAUCAAAAUCUAUUUGUUCAUUAUGUCAAAAUGAAAUUUUAUCAAAACAAAAUAUACGUCAAUGUCAUGUAUGUCAAAUACGUGUACAUUCAAUAUGUCAUUCAAUAAAUGAUGAUUAUUAUGAUGAUGAUACAGCAUAUAUGUGUAGAUCAUGUUCAAUAUCAUCUAUAACAACAUUACCUAUGGAUGAUCGAGAUGAUGAUGAUGAUGAUGGACAACAUAAAGAAAUUUAUCGUUCAUCAUCAAAUUCUAAAAUGAAUAGAUUAUUAAGUAAAUCACAAAAAUCAAGUAAUUCACCUACAACGUCACCAAGUAGUGGUAUAUCAACUCGUAAACGUCGUAGUAUUGAUUAUAGUCAACAAUCAUCACUUGAAUAUACACCCGGUGGUGGUGAUAGUAAUGAAAUGUCAACACCAAUAACAAAUAUUCCACAACAAGAAACUCCAUUUAUAUUUGAAUCCUUAUCAAGUAUAAAAGAUGAAUCAUCUGAACAUUCAAUGGAUUUACCUAUAUCAACAACAAUAAAUAUACCAAUAAAACAAGAAGAUGAUGAACAACCUGUAUUACAACAACCAAUUAAAUCUUUACGUACACAAACAAGUCAAAAAUCUGGUAAAGGAAAACCUGUUUUUGAAAAUCGUUCAUAUGCUGGGGAAAUAAGUAAAAAACGAGCUAGACGAACAUUAAAUAAUGGUCAUCGUCGUGCAUCAUCACCACAAUCAUCAACUGGUGUAACUCAAUUAACUGGUACAAAUCCACCACGUACAGGUACAACAGCUGGUACUGGUUGUCGUGGUCGUCCACCAAAAAUUCGAAAAGAAAUUCCUAUUCAACCAUCAAAUAUUGAUGAAACAUCAAUAACACCAAUGAAUGUAUUAAAUACAAGUGGUGGUAGUACAGGUAGUUCAUAUACAGUUGGAGCUGUUAAACGUGAUGAUGAUGAACAUCAUGCUGUAACUGUACUUUGUUCAACUGAUGAAUUAUAUACAUUAGGACAAGAUAUGUGUGUUAGUUGUGGAAGUUUUGGUUUAGAUGAAGAAGGACGUUUAAUAUCAUGUACACAAUGUGGACAAUCUUAUCAUUCAUAUUGUGCUGGAUUAAAUAAAUUAUCAAAAGUUAUAUUAAAACAAGGAUGGCGUUGUUUGGAUUGUACUGUAUGUGAAGGUUGUGGUAAACCAACAGAUGAAUCUCGUUUAUUAUUAUGUGAUGAUUGUGAUAUAUCUUAUCAUACAUAUUGUUUACAACCACCACUUGAUCAAGUACCAAAAGGCAAUUGGAAAUGUCAAUGGUGUGUUCGUUGUCUUAAAUGUGGUUCAACAAAUCCAGGCCCAGUUGGUUCAUGUUGUUUAUGGGAAAAUAAUUAUACUGAAUGUGCACCAUGUCAUUCACUUGUUAUAUGUCCUGCUUGUUCUAAACCUUAUCGAACCGAUGAACUUAUUGUACAAUGUACAUUAUGUGAACGUUGGUUACAUGGUUCAUGUGAACAUAUUUUAUCUGAAGAUUCAACAUUAUCAACAACAGGCGAUUUUAUAUGUUCAUUAUGUCGACCAACAGCAACAUUAACAUCAACAAAUGAAAUAUUACCAUCAUCAUCAUCACCAAAAUCUUCAUCACCAUCUGAUCAAGCACCAUUAUUAGUUGUUGCAACAAAUUCAACAACAACAACAACAACAACAACAACAGCUACAGCAACACUAACACCAACACCAACACAACCACAAUUACCAACACCAAAAGCAACAAAAUUAGAUGAAGGUGUUUAUUUAACUGAUACUGGUUUAGCACAAUUAAAAUCAAUUCGUGUUAAACCAUUACCAAAAAAAUCAACAGCUGGAACAUCUAUAACAACAAAUACAAAAUCAAAACGUGGUGGUCUAGCAAAUUAUAUUAUGGGUGGUGUUAAACGAAAUAAUUCAAAUUCUAUACAAGAUGAUGAUAUGAUGGGUAAUAGUGCAACUGGUGGUGGAAGUGGUACAAGUGAUGAUGAAGGAACAAAGAAAACAACUGCUACGGUACCAACUGCAAAAGCAGCCAAAGGUUAUACGGGUAUUGGUGGUUUUCAUGUUAAAAUUCGUGGUCAACGUCGUCGUCAAGAUCUUUCAUCAUUAACAACUGAUAUUGGUCAAGAUGAUAAUAUUCAUGAUGAAUCUACAUCAACAACAAAUAAACGUAAACGUGAUCGUCGUCCAUUAAAAAAGAAAAGUGUUCUUGAAGAAUAUAUGCCACCAGAAAUGCAAGAAGCAUUUUUUGGUAGUGAUCUCGCUGAAAAAAGUCGUCUUAUGGCACAAAAUCAUAUACCUAUUGUACCAUUACAAUUAAAUAAUGAAACAACAAUUAAUAGUAAUAAUAAUAAUGAAUAUACAAUUAAAUUAGAUCAUGAUACAGUUAAUCGAUUUUUAAUAAAGAAAGCCACUAAAUUAGCUUUAGCUGUUAAAGAAGAACAACGACAGCAACAACAACAACCACCACCACCACCACCAAUUGCACCUUUACCAACUCCAACAAAUUCUCUUCAACCACCACCAACUAUACCAACAACUGAGGAUGAAAAUGAUAUGCAAGCUAUUUUAGAUAAUGAAGAAUUUUGUAAUUUUGUUGAAUAUAUGAUGAGUAGUUCAAAAGCAACACAAGAUCCAAUGUUACCACUUUGUGGUCCAACUGAUAUUGAAGAUUUUCUUGAAUUUAUUGAACAUCCUGAAACACAUAAUGAAUUACAAGCUGUUGAUCUUCUUAAUAAUUCAAAUUCAACGAAUCAAAAUCCUUCUAUAUCAAAUACAAAUAAUCCUGUACAAGUUAUACAAUCUCAUCAAACAACAAUGAUAACUUCAACAACAUCAUCUCAUCAUUCAACAAAUACUCAAGUACCAUUGGCAACACCUACAUCAAAUCUUGUUGUUAUGGCAACAAAUGUUAAUGAUAAUUCAAAACAAAUUAUUAAUAAUUUAGCAAGAGAAAUGAUGGAAUCAACUGGUUUACAUACGACAACAACAUCUUCAAUUCUAUCACAAACAAAUAUUCAAAGUGCUGGUCUUAUUGUUAAACAAGAAUAUCAUGAUCAUACACAUCAACAAAGUCCAUUAAUGAUAUCUCAACAACAACAAAAUUGGUCUCAACAACAGACAAUGUUACGUAUGCCAUUAAUGCCAACAACAUCAACACCAACACCAACACCAACACCAGCUAGUACAACUCCAACACAAGAUCGAUCAGGAUCAACAACUGGUGAACAUACAAAUUUAAUGGAACGAACACGUGAAGAUGAAACAUUAGGAACAAAUGCAACAAUGUCAAAUGUUCUUUAUUGUAAUCUUCAUCAUCCUGAAUUGAAACAACAAUUUCCUGAUUUCAAUGAACGAUUUAAACAAAUGAAAAAAAUUUGGCGUAAAGUUCCAACAGAUGCUAAACAAACUUACACUCAACGAGCACGUCUUAAUCGAACAAAACGACGUGCAUUAAAAAGUACAACAAGUCAAUCAUCAACAACAUCAAAAGGUACAAAAAGAAAAAAUUCUUCAAAACAACAAUCAAGUGAACCUGAAGAUAAUAAUAAUGAUAUUGGAGCUGGUAGUGAAAGUCGUUCAUCAACACCAUCAUCAUCAACAACAAAUGAAACAACAACAGCAGCAGCAACAACAACAGUUGUUGUUCAUCCAAAUGAACAUCAAGAACAUCCAACAACCACACAUAUUUAUCAACAAUCAAGACAAAUGUAUUCACCUGGAAGUAGUAAUUUAAUGGUGUCAACACCAAAUAAUCCUACGAAUUUUCAUCAUCAACCUUAUGCAACACAACAACAACAAAUGCAAAGACCACAACAACAAGGAUAUAAUACAUCGGUUUCUGCACCCACUGGUUAUCCACCACAACAACGAUUUAAUUUUCCACCACAACAACAAGUACAACCACAGCAGCAACAACAACAACAACAAUCUCAAAAUUCACCUUAUUUUGAAUAUACACCAUCAACACCACGUCCUGUACCUCAUCAAACAUCAUCAACUGAAUCAACACCUAUUCUUCAUUCGAAUACAACAACAAAUACAAAUCCAAUACGUAAAUCAACUUCAUCAUCAGAUGCUACAACACCAUAUCAUCAUGUAUCGCCUAUGGAUGAAACAUCUCCAUAUCAUCAACAACAAUCACCAUAUACAAAUCAAAAUCAAAUGAAACCACAGCAACAGCAACAACAAUUAUUACCCCGUGGUAUGACACCAAGACCACAACAAAUAAUGCCAAGAUUUCCACAACAAGAUACAACUAAUUUUGUUCGUACACCAUCAUCAGCAGGUGCUCCUGGUCAACCAACAAGAUUUAUAUUUGCAUCACCACCUAAUCAACAAACACAACAACAAACAACACAUUAUGUGCAAUAUACACAACAAGGACAAGGACAACAUACUGUUGUUGUACAACAAGGAACAAAUGAAACAUUUCAAAGAAUGUCUGAAAGUCCAGCUCAUCAACAUAUGCAACAACAACAUCAAUUAUCACCUCAAUUUAGUCCUCAUCAUCAUCCAAUGACACCAAAUCCUCAACAACAUCCAAUGGCUAUGCAACAACAACAGCAACAACUUCAUAUGUCUCCAUAUUCAUCUCAACAGCAACAAUCAAUGCAUCAUCCACAUUCACAACAAACACAACAUUCACCAACAAUUGUUGUUCAACCACCACCACCACAAUUUUCUCCCUCAUCUGUUCAUCAUCAUCAAUUAACAUUAACAACAACAAGUGGUCAUCAAUCACCACCAAAUGAUCCUAAUAAACGACAAAUACAAAUGCAAAAACCACCACAACAACAAUUACUUGUUAAACAUGAAACAGUGUCAUAUGAUGAACAACAAAUUAAAACUGAAGUACAUGAUGAUUCAUUAAAUGAAUCAAUCAAUACAAGUAAAAUUCGUGCUGAUCCAUAUCAAUCUGUACCACCUCAUGUUCUUGAACAAAUCGAUGAAGUUAUAAGCGAUGUUAUUUCCGGUGCCGGUAUGAUUCCUCAUGAAGUAUCUUCUAACACUCAUCCACCAUCCACACCUGUUCAAAUAGUUCCAUUAACUCAAUCUAAAAUUCAACCUCAACAUAUGAUUACAACUCAUCAUCCAUAUGUUCAACAACAACAACAAAUACAUGAAUGGUCUAAUUAUCAACAACAACCAACAUUAAAUAUAGCUGCUAUGCGUGGUCCACCAUCAUAUACACAUUAUCAUUCACAACAACAACAACAUCAUCAUGAUCUUUUACCAGCAACAACAAAUGUUAUUAAUACAGCUGGUGUACCACAUCCGGAACAACAACAAAUUGUUGCUGAACGUAUAUCAUCUAUUUUAGCAUCAUCACCACAUGAACAACAACAAACAAAUGUAUCACAAACACCGAUACAAAUAAAACGUGCUUGGCCAAUGAAUCAACAUCAACAAAGUGAUAGUCAUUUUCUUGAUCUAUUUUCACAUCCAACAAUAAUGACAAUCGCCGUAAAUGGCGAUGCUGUAUCGUCCACUGAUCCAUCAAUUUCCCUUGAAGAUUUACUCGAACGAGAUUUCAAAGAUAAACAACAACAGCAGCAACAACAGCAACAACAACAACAACAACAACAAUCAUCUACUUCAAAUGAAUGGACAGUUGAACGUAAUACAAAAUCUUCAACAAAUUCUACAACACAACAAACACCAUUAACACUUGCACAUGCUGUUCAUCUUCUUCAACAAGCUAUAACACAUCCAUUAUAUCAACAGUCUCCACCACCAGAAUUAAGUGGUCUUGUUAGUGUUGGACGUGAUAAUGAUUUAACAAAAAUUGAUGCUAAUAUAAAUGAAGAACAAUUUGAACGUUAUGCUCGUUGGUUAAAACAACGACGAGAAAUAAAUAGUUUAAGAAUCAAAGCUGAUGAAACAAAUUUAGCAGAUAUUAAAAAAAAGAGAAAUAUUUUACUUAAAAAACAAAAACAAUCUUUAUGUACACCUGAAGAAGAACAAGAAAUGCCACGUUUAUCUCAACAACAAACAGAAUAUUCACGUACAUUAACAGCAAUGCGUAAAGAACGAAAACAAUUCGAUGAAUUAGAACAAGCUUUUCUUGUUUAUAAACAAAGUCGUUUAAAUGCUUUAUAUCCUCCAAAAUUAUCACCUGUAUCAACUGAACAACAUCCAGAAACAAUUGUUCGUAUGAUGUCAAUGACGAAUACUCCUCAGACAUCUAUUCAACCAUUACAACGAUUUCUUUCUGAACAUCCUUCAACAACAAUGACAUUUACAUCAACAUCAAAUCCGGAUGAACAAGAAGAUUUUACUGCUGAUGAUCAAACAUCAUUAUCACCAUCAAUUUCAACUGAUUUACAACAAAAACAAACAGCAUAUGUACAACAAGAAAAUAAAUUGAUUAAUUCAACAUUACCAUCAUUACAUAGUUCAUCAUCACCAUCAUCUUCAUUUUUAACACCAAUGCAACCAUUCUCAUCAUCAAAUAAUGACCCAUCAUUAUCAUCAAUUGAACAUCAUCAAAUGACAAGUAGUCCUAAUCAUGAAAAUGAAACAAUACCAUUUGAACCAUGUCGAACAUCACCACAUGCUCCCAAUGAUGACGAAUCUGUAACUGCAACAUCAGUUAAAUUAAACAUUCAAUCGAAUGUUGUUGAUGUGCUUGAGCAAUGA